AUGGAUUAUUCAUCCUGGAUUCCACAGAUCCCACUGCCUGCCGAAGGAAUGAAAUCUACUAUAGAACUCACGCCCCAGAUGGCAAAAAUGCUAAUUGAUGCCCAAGACCAUUUCCAUAAGAAGAAAGCUCUCCGACUGGAUCCGUUUAUUUUGACUAGGGCCCAACGCUUCGAGAAUGGUUUUCCGGUCAGAAAAGGAUGUCAAGUGUAUGUGCAACCCAAUGAGUUUCAAAUGGGUCAGGAGCUGUUCUACACUGAAUUUGAUAACACCAGAAUCUGCACCCGAUGCCAACAAACCUUCUACGUGGAAAGCGACGGGUAUCAGCCAACAGCAGACCACCCAAUUUGUAUUGAUUCCGAGGGAGGUUACAACUUCCACAUCCACACCCAGCUCCCAGUGGAACAUUUGAAGACGUUCAAGAAGGCGGAUAAAGUUGACGAGUACAAUCGAAGAAUGACUGGAAGAGUGUACGCAUUGGAUGUGGAGUCUGUGUACACUUCGCAUGGACAAGAAGUAGGACGAGUUACUGUAGUCGACGAUAGAGGAGAAGUGGCCCUGGACCUUUUAGUGAAGCCAAAGGAACACAUUUACGAUUACGUCACAAAGUAUUCUGGCCUCACUCCAGACUUUCUGAACUACGCCACUGAGACUUUGGAAUCGGCAAGACAGAAGAUUCUCAACUUGAUCAAUCGGGAAUCAAUUCUUAUUGGACAUGCCUUGAAUGGAGAUUUGCUGAAACUUGGAAUUCUUCACAGUAAAGUGAUCGACACAUCCAUCCUCUUCGCCACUUCAGGAAGACGUCCAUCGCUUCGAUCACUGACGUCCAUCUAUUUGAACAGAGACAUCCAGCAAUCAUAUUAUGGUCAUUGCUCCAAAGAAGACGCUGUCGCCUGUGUUGAUUUGGUCAAUUAUGCUCUUCGAAAUCCAACAACGAUCUCCAAAGUCUUUCAAAAACCUAAUAAUUCUUUGUAA